AUGACACAGAAACUGCCUUGCAUUGGGAAUGUUUCCUGUUUGCCUCAGAACAGGUUUGUGCGGUGUGUGGAUCAGGGAUAAGCACUUCCAAGAAAAGGGGCAAUAGACACUUGUCCUCUGUGACAAAAUGGCCUCUUUCAAAGGACCUUGCCCUCAUCAGAGUGUUCCUGUUGAGAUGGAUGAGAGCAUGACAUCCUCCAGUCUGGACUUGGUCUGGCCUCCAUCUUGUCAACAGUGCAGUGGACAUACAGAGACCAGCAAAAGGCCACAGGACUAUGGCUUUGAGCCUUGUCAGGGAGCACACCAUGUCAGACAGAGGAGACUCCCUGAGAGCCAGUACCAGCAGGAAUCCAGAGCUGCCUGUCAUGCUGCUCCCGAACCUCGCUUUAUAACCCAAACACAAUCAGGGCAGAUGACACCCCCCCACCGUGCAGGUGUUUGGCCUCAUGGCCUCAGAGAGCAGGCACCACUCUACAAAUGGGGCUGCGUGGUUAAUCACAGUAGAGGCUUUGCAGGCCCUUCAAACUGGUCCCAGAACUUCUCUUUGGAAGAGGCAGAUUGCUUGGAAGCCCCUCUCCCACUUAUGUCCGACAUCAACUGCACCUACUAUGUCCCAUCACAGCACCCUGCAGCCCGCAUGCCUGCUAAGUGCCUCAGUCCAAAGCAGGGGAGUUGUCUCAGACAUUGUGCUUGCUGCCCUGCAACAAGUCUGCACCGUCACAAUUAUGAUUAUUGUCAUUAUAAGCAUGAUUACCCAUCAGAUCCAAACCAGGAGCCUCAACACCACCAACAGUCCUGGCUGCAACCUAAAAAUGUUCCCGAUGCCCCUCAAGAGUCUGUGCCUCAGUGCGCGGCGCCUCCCAGGAACGUGAUGCAUGAGGUCAAUGUGGAUUGUUCCUUCCAGGCAGGUUCAGGACCUGCCACAAAGGAGCUCAGGAAGACCAUCAGCCUACCUGAGGAGUGUAGGAAUGUUUUCAUCACAUAUUCAGUGGACACAGCCAAAGAAAUUAUUCUUUUCACCAAAUUUCUGACUGAUCAGGGAUUCAAACCAGCAAUUGACAUCUUCGAUAAUCCAAUCCGAAGAAUGGGCAUCACCAAAUGGAUGGACAGAUAUCUGAACGAUAAAUCCGUGCUCAUCAUUGUGGCCAUCAGCCCCAAGUACAAGGAGGACGUGGAGGGAGAUGGAGAUGACGACCAUGGCCUGCACACUAAAUACAUUCACAAUCAGAUCCAAAAUGAGUUCAUCCAACAAGGCUGCCUGAACUUUAGACUGGUACCUGUACUGUUUCCUAAUGCAACUAAGAGAAAUGUCCCCAACUGGCUCCAGAGCACCAGGAUCUACCGCUGGCCCCAGGACACCCAGGACCUGCUGCUGCGCCUGCUCAGAGAGGAGCGCUACAUCAUUCCACAGCGGGGGUCGGACCUCACCCUCACUGUUCGUCCCCUCUGAGAAAAACUGAAACGGGACAGACACGUGUGUAAAAUAAACACUUUAAAGGAAAAGCUUUAUUUUGUUACAACCCCAACAUGCUGUAGGUGUGACUUACUGCAGUAGAUUCGUUGUAAAGUCUCUUCCUUUUGUCACUUGUUUUCAGACACAGAUUUGCUGUUUGUUCUGUUGAUUCCUAAUUCAUUUAAACAGCAUUUCUAAUCUCACAAAUCCUGUUCAAUCUUCCUCCUUGAUGAUAGCAUUUGAAAUGAGAACUAACACGGAACACUGCCAUCAAUAACACAUCAUG